AUGGCGAACGAUGCGGACCGCAGGUCGUUCAUUACACUCGUUCGAGGCUCUCCGAACCCGUUCCUCCUCCCGGCAGAGCUCAUCCGAGCAGCCGCAAAUGCGGUGCUCUCCGACCCUUUGGUAGCACACGACGGUCUCCUAUACGGACCAGAUCCCGGGCAUGAGCCUUGUCGAGAAGCCGUAGCAAAAUGGCUGACAGACUCACAUCGACUCGAUUCUCAUAUCGGACCGGAGAGGAUAUGUAUUACCGGUGGAGCAUCGCAGAAUUUGGGGAACGUGCUGAAUGUAUACUCGGAUCCCGGAUACACGCGGGCAAUAUGGAUAGUUGUGCCUGCAUAUAUGCUUGUCUUCCGGAUAUUCGAAGAUGCUGGCUUUCAUGAGAAAAUGCGUGCGGUCCCCGAAGAUGAAGAAGGUCUCGAUAUCGAAUACCUACGACGGGAGAUCCGAAAGAGCGAAGACAAGGCACAAGCACAAGGCAACAACACACCACACUUUAAGCCACAGCGAGAGCGGGCGAAAGUGUACAAACAUCUGCUAUAUUGCGUGCCGUCGUUCUCCAAUCCAUCGUCGCGUACGAUGAGCCUGCGGAGAAGGCGCGAGCUUGUACAGCUGGCAAGAGAAUUUGACAUGCUAAUCGCUUGCGAUGAUGUGUACGACAUGUUGCAAUGGCCUGCGAAGAGUGAUGAACGCCAUGCCGUGGUGAUGGAGACACAACUCGAAGCCACGAGCGCUGCUCAUCUUCCUCGUUUGGUGGACAUUGACAGGCACUUGGAUGGUGGUGCAGAGCGAGUCGAUGCUGAUGGGUUUGGCAAUGUCAUUUCAAAUGGCACUUUCAGUAAGAUUGCAGGUCCCGGACUCCGRGUGGGGUGGAGUGAAGGAACGAGAAAACUCACAUAUGGGCUUUCACAAGCUGGCGUUCAGCGUUCCGGAGGCGCUCCAAGCCAGCUUACAUCGACCUACGUUGCCCGAAUGGUCUCCUCAGGGCAAGUGCAGGAUCACAUUGUGAAUGUUUUGCGUCCGGCGUAUGCCUCGCGAUAUCGCGUUUUGCAGCAGGCCAUCAAGUCCCAUCUAUUUCCUCUAGGCUUCACUGCUCCGCAGUCCAAUCGGGACGUGGUUGGUGGGUACUUUGUAUGGCUUGGUCUGCCGGCCAGGCUGAAAGCCAAAGAUCUCUCCGUAAGGUGUCAAGAAGGGGAGAACGUGAUGAUUGCUCCAGGCAAUAUUUUCCAGAUCCCGGGAGAUGACGUGGCAAAGUUCGAUGGCAACGUGCGUCUGUGUUUUUCAUGGGAAGAGGAAUGGAAAUUGACUGAAGGCAUCAGAAGGGUUGGCGUCGUUGCGAAGAAGAUGCUCGAUGGCUGCUGA